AUGACGCCAAAUGAGACUUCGCCCAUGCUUCCGCUGCAUGCGGGAGCCGAGACGCGUCGUCUCAAUGAACCACCGUCCCAGGCUCCAGUGUCAAGUCCGCGUCCCAAUUGGCUAUCGCGUCUCACUUUCAGUUCGCUCAGUCCACUGCUCGAUCGCGGCGCGUCGCAGCCGCUUAAAGCCUCAGAUUUAUGGCCUUUAGAGUCGGCUGACGACACAGUUGAGGUGACCAACACUCUGCGGGUCGCUAUAAAUAACAGCCAAUCGCUCAAGCUCUCGCUUCGACAGGUGUUUUUCAGCUUCAACAUGUACCUAGCCGGGACGUGUAAACUCACUGGCGACUGCUUGACGUUCGUCCGCCCCGUCUGUUUCUUUGCGUUAAUUCAGUACGUUGAAUCUCCCACGCCAGCGUGGAGCUCCAUUCCCUCAAAUGGCUACAUCUUCAGUUUCGUCCUCUUUGCAGCUUCGAUACUACGGACGCUCUGCCUGCAGCAAUGCCAGCAUUUGAGUAUGCGAGAAGCCACUCGAGUCCGCGCGGCACUCACAAUGCUCGUGUACGAAAAGUCCCUCACGUUGUCAGCGCAGACCCAAAGCUCAGUGGGUUUACCAAAACUUAUGGAUCUCGUCACAGUGGACAUUGACGGGAUUUUCAAGCUUUGGAGCAAGAUCCACAGUGUAUGGGCAGCCGGGAUCCACUUGGUUAUUGGACUUAUUCUAUUGACCCAGUGCAUCGGUCCUGCAUCACUUGUCAGUGCUGUGAUUAUGAUUCUUUUGCCAAUGGUAAAGUCAGCGUUAUCAUCGCUGACGGCCAGUACAUCGACCAAGUUGGCUGACUGCACGAACAAGCGGCUCACGUUUCUUACGGACUUGUGCCAGCACAUUCGCGUGGUCAAGUUCUAUGCUUGGGAGAGCGAGCUGCUGGGACAGGUUGAUGCCCUUCGAGAGGAAGAACGACGUUUUCAAAAGAAAAUGGUCAUGUGGAACGCUUGUCGAAGUGCUAUUGAGCAGGCAGGACCUGUGCUCGUGUCGUUCGGUACAUUUGCUGCGUACUCGUACCUUGAAAGCAAACCACUGACGGCUGACAAGGCAUUCACCGCGAUCGCGUUAUUCAGUAUUAUUCGGCCGACACUCAUGACGCUGCCGCAAGUCUUGCCAUUGAUUUGUAUCGCAACUGGAUCCAUCAAACGCGUGGAGGCUUUUCUUCAUCUGAAACAGCGCGAGCGCGUUCCGACAGCGCGAUCCAGUUCCUUCAUUGAUGAUCCAUCGUUUGAGAUCCGCCAUGCAACAUUCAAGUGGAAGGACACAGAGGAGCUACUAACAGGAGCUCGUGAGGAAGGUGUCUCGCUUCCUCAGCUUCCGAAUGUCACAAUUUCUGUACCAAAAGGCAAGCUGACCCUCGUUGUUGGAGGUGCUGGAAGUGGCAAAUCGGCUCUUCUAGCCGCAAUACUAGGAGAGCUGCAACCUGAAUACGGCGUGGUGCGCUUCCCUUCACGAUAUAUAUCAUACGCAGCUCAAAUGCCUUACAUCAUCGACGCUAGCGUCCAAGAAAAUGUCCUCUUUGGCGCUCCACUGGAUACCGCUCGUCUUCACCGGGUUGUGAAGUGCUGCGAAUUGGAGAAAGAGCUCGUACGUCUUCCGAAUGGAUUCCAGAGCGAAAUCAGUAAAGAUGGCAUAACGCUAAGCGACGACCAGAAGCAGCGCCUUUCGAUUGCGCGAGCCUUAUAUCCAAAAGAGCAGGAGCUCUAUGUCUUUGACGAUCCAUUAUCAGCCUUGGACGUCCAUGUUGCCACCCGAAUUUUCCACCAAUGUUUUAGCGAGUUGACGGGUGGGCUUUUGGCUGGCCUCACGCGGGUCGUAAGUACUCAUGCGGUACAAUUUGCUCAUCUAGCGGACUGGAUUAUAGUCAUGGAUAACAUGCGCGUCGUUGAGAUGGGAACGUAUCAGGACCUCACACAAGUCACAGCGAACGGAAAAUUUGCAUCGAUGCUCAGAAUGUACCAUCCUGCUGAAGAACCUGUUGUUGAGCGUGCGAUUGUUCCUGAUGACCCAGCGGAAGAUUUGGAAAUGAUCCAAUCUGAUGCACGGUCAAACUCUUGCGUCGAUGUGUCACAGCAGGACGAAGAGAAAUCUGCGGGUCAGGUGUCGUGGAACGUAUUCUUAUCGUACCUCGUAUCGUGCGGCACUCUAUCGACGGUCGGGGCCUUCGUCCUUCUAUUCACGAAGCAGGUCGUGUCCAUAUCGACAGAUUUCUGGCUGACAAAGUGGACCAGCAAUAGCGCCGCUGGGGUCGACUCGGUCUUUUACCUCACCUUCUAUGCCUACCUCGGUCUAAGUACCAUCUCCCUUGGGUUUGUGGGAGAGCUCUGCUGCCAAUAUGCUGGGCUUCGUGCAUCGAAACAAGUUCAUCAUUCCUUCUUGCACAGCGUUAUCAAGGGCACACUGCGCUUCUUCCAUACAAAUUCCGUUGGCUGCAUUCUCAAUCGAUUUUCACACGACAUGUACAUCAUUGACGAAAAACUGAACAAGGCCAUUGUGCAAUGUGUUACGACAUCCCUUGCAUUAUUGAGCAUGCUGGUGAUCCAGAGCUCUAUGGCUCCUAUGCUGUUGGUUCUGCUGAUUCUACUAUUUAUCUGCUCUAUCUGGUACCAACGAUAUUGCAAUAAGUCUUGUCUGGAAUUGCACCGCUUGGACCGCGUUUCCAGAUGUUGUUUGUACGACCACUUUACGCAGACACUCAAUGGACUCGCAACGAUCCGAGCAUUUGGUGUAAUUCAACAGAGUCAAAGCACAGCAGCAUUGAAGAUGAAUGAGAGCACGAGGGCUCUUCUUUCACUAAACCUGGUACAUUGCUGGUUGAGCGUCAGAUUGGAGCUAUUGAGUGCACUGAUGACCUAUGCCGUCGCGUUUUUUGUCAGUCGCAACUACCUGGUACUCUCGAGCGCCAUGGCGGGCUUGCUACUGUGCUACUCGCAAGAUAUGACGUUACUACUUGAUUCGAUCAUUCGAAGCAGUAUCGAUGUGACGGACAUGAUGACAAGCGUGCAACGGACACGCGCGUAUCGCCACAUUGAGUCCGAACCAGUGACGUUACUUGUGCAUCAUUAUGAACGCUUUACUUCACUCAAGUCGCGUGCACUACAGCUACGACCUCAUUGGCCUGAGCAUGGAAGAAUCGAUUUUGUCAACGUCUGCGUCAAGUACGAUCGAAAUGCACUACCGGCGCUUCACGGCGUUUCAUUUAGCAUCGAAGGCGGUGAGAAAGUUGGCAUUUGUGGUCGUGCUGGAGCUGGAAAGAGCACCCUUCUUCUUGCGCUGUAUCGAAUGGUAUCAUUUGAUAACGAAAGUAGUAGUAUCUAUAUCGAUCAAGUAUGUACAACUGCUCUGACACUGACUGAGUUGCGAUCAAGGAUGGCUAUCAUCCCACGAGACCCGGUUCUCUUUGCGGCAAAUGUACGGUUUAACCUCGAUCCGACGCGUCAAAGCACUGACCACGAAAUGUGGACUGCACUCGGGAAGGUGGGCCUAGAAGCGUUUGUCAAGGGUUUAGACGGUGGUCUAGAUGCCGAACUUGAGGGAGGUACAAGCUUCAGUAUCGGUAAGCGACAGCUGAUGGGUCUUGCACGUGCAAUCCUGCGUAACUCCAGAAUACUGUGCUUCGACGAGGCCACAACUGCAAUGGAUCACGAAACGGAUGAGCGUAUCCAGUCAACAAUCCGUCGAGAGUUUACCGAGGCUACGGUCCUAACGAUAUCCCGCCGUGUGGAUACGGUUCUUGAUUACGACAAAAUUGUGGUACUCAAGGAGGGACGCAUUGUGGAAAUCGGCCCACCAUCCGAAUUGCGAGACAAGCGUAAUGGCGAGUUUGCUGGUAUCAUGCUGCAAACUUUGUGA